AUGAGGGGUUUUCGAGUGGACACUGAUGCUCCCCUAGCCAAUGGGUUGGAGGAACUAAAUCACCACCUCAUGCGGGAUAACCAGAAUGAAGUAAGAAAUGGAACUACAAGUGACACACCUGGGACCUUGGAGGAAGAAGAAUCGAGGAUUAAUGAAGAUUCUGACUAUGUAUAUGGUCGGGACACCGAUUUGUUACGAACCCAGGCUGUUUCACAAACACAACAGCUAACGCCCCUGGGAACUCAAGGAUCAUUGGUUCAUUGGGAAGGGUUACUUCCUCUGAGGUCCAUUAAGGUUCUACUGGUGGAAAAUGAUGAGUCAACUCGACACGUCGUAAGUGCGUUGCUUCAGAACUGCAGCUAUGAAGUUACGGCUGUAGCUCAUGGCCUAGAAGCAUGGAAAAUUCUGGAAGAUCCAACCAAUCACAUUGAUCUUGUUCUAACAGAGGUAGCUAUGCCAUAUUUGUCUGGCAUUGGUCUCUUAUCUAUGAUUAUGAACCACAAGACCUGCAAGAAUAUUCCAGUAAUUAUGAUGUCAUCUAAUGAUUCUAUGGGUAUAGUCUUUAAGUGUUUGUCAAAGGGUGCAGCUGACUUUUUAGUGAAGCCUAUUAGAAAGAAUGAGCUUAAAACUCUCUGGCAGCAUGUUUGGAGAAAAUGCCACAGUUCAAGUGGUAGUGGAAGUGAAAGUGGAAUACGAACUCAAAAAUCUCCAAAGUCAAAAAGCGAUGAGUUAGAUAAUUAUGCUGCCAGCAAUAAUGGGGACGACAGUGGAAGCAUUGGCUUGAAUGUUCGGGAUGGAAGUGAAAAUGGAAGUGGAAGCGAAACUCAGAGUUCUUGGUCAAGAAGGGCAGCAGAAAUUGAUGGCCCCCAAACCUUGGCUCCUUGGGAUGAAUUAGCAGGUCCUCCCAAUACAACUCUUGCCCAGGACCAUUCAUGGCCUGAGGCAACAAGCAAUAACCGGGUGCCAACGUCCACAAGAGAAUAUAGAAAACAGGAUGAUGCACUUGAUUUGAAGAUAGGAGUACCAAAUGUUCAAGAACUAUGCAGCCAAAGAGAAGAAGUAUGGAAUGAUACUAUGGGGACUGAAAAGUCUAAAAUUUUUAUUCCGUACAUGAGCAAAGAUAGCAACAGACUCGAAAACAGAGAAGUGGAUCCCAAGAAUGAGAUACCAAAGGGAGCAUUGAGGAACAAAGAUUGUGGUCCGAUGGGUGCAAUUACCAAUGUGCCUAAACCAAAGAUGAGAAAUGUGUCCAACGAAGUUCCAAAACAUCUAUCGGAAGCAACAAAAAUCAAAGAAAUGGCUUCCCAUGAUCCCAAGGAAAAACCUUCCCUUGAGUUCAGUUUGAUCGGAGUCAGAGACACGGAUGAUACGGGAACCAGUGCCCUUCAGCAUAAUGUAUUGAGACAUUCAAAUCUCUCAGCCUUCUCAAGGUAUAACUCCACGACCAAUGCUAAUCAGAUGCCAAUUGGAAAUUUGGGCAGUUGUUGUCCAAUUAAUAAUAGUUCUGAAGCAGAAAAGACAGAAUAUGCCGCUCCCAAUCAGGGAUCUAAUGGCAGUAGCUACAACAAUGACAUGGGCUCCACCACGAAUAAUGCUUUUGCCAAGGUGGAAGCAUGUAACGAGAAAACAAUACCCAAAUCUUCAGUUGAUAUCCAUUCAUGUUCCGCUUUGCAGUCAAUUCAGCAGGCCCACAUAUCGCCCCUUCAGCCUAUGAACCCGAGCAAGUCCAAUGCGACAAACGCAACCUUGGCACCAACGAAGGCCUUGGACCAGCAGGCCCAAGUUCAGAACCACCAUCACCACCACCACCACCAUCACCACCACCACCACCAUCAUGCUUAUAAUGCUCAGCAGCAGCAACUGCUCAACCAUGAUGAUUUGUCCUUGAAAAUUAUAACUGCAGAAACUCCAUUCCAAGGACCAUGUGAUGACACAGAAUUAGACGGAAAUGUUGCUAAUUAUGGGAGUGCGUCAGGGAGUAACAAUGGAAGCAAUGGGCAAAAUGGAGGCAGCACUGUUGCAAUCACUGAAGGAACAAAUGUGGCGAGUGAUAGUGGAACAGUAGCAAAAUAUGAAGCUGGUGAUGGUAGUGGCAGUGGAAGCAGGAGCAUGGUAGACCAAAACCGGUCAGCUCAAAGGGAGGCUGCUUUGAACAAAUUCUUCCAGAAAAGAAAAGAAAGAUGCUUCGAGAAAAAGGUCCGGUAUCAGAGCAGGAAGAAACUGGCAGAACAAAGGCCACGUGUUCGAGGACAAUUUGUGCGACGGGUAACAGACGAGAACCAAAGCAAAAGUGAAACUCUAGACACGGAUUCUUGA